AUGCGUCCCUCGUUACGGCUGUUGAACUUGGAUGUUUCAUCCCUUCAAGGUUCUCGGGCUCAAUAUGUGUGCUCCAUCUGCAGACAGGAAGCACGUCCACGCCCGUUGCUUGCCCGCCAAUUCCUGCGCAAUGCGUCGUCCAACACUACACCACUCACCGAACGAGUGCGUCGAAAGAUCUGGGGCACGGACAAUCCGCCAGGUCUGAAGGAUCCCUAUGGAGGAGAAGGAGCUCUAGAGCGGAAAUUCAAAAAAGCCCAGUCUGAAGGACAGGGCGAAGCGGCCGAGGAAUCAACUCAACCCAUUGAGGUUCACCAGGAGGACAUUGCCGGUGCGGAUACAUAUGAGCCUGCGACAACAUGGGAGGGAAUCGACCGCAUCGGACAUUUGGGAAAGUGGUCGGAUCUUCCUUCUUCGGAGGCUGAUACAUACAACGCAUUCAUGGUGAAGAAAAAACUUACCAAGAAUGGCCACCUUUUUCUGGCCGCUCACCAGACCGCAGUUGAACUGUCACUGAUGCACGCUCUGAAGAUGCCAUUGACAAGCAUUUGUAACGUUGUGGAGCAUGACAAGGCUGUUUUCAAGUUGAUUUUGAAGUGCAAGAUUCAACCGGUUGCGGCGAAUAAUUCAUGGGAUGGGGCUUUAGUCUAUCCCAACAAGGAGACACAGGAUGCUCUCGUAUAUGUUUUUAAAGAGAUUGGCAGCCAGAGUGUGGCUAAGGAUCUGGAGGACUCUCAAAAUGAUGAUCAGGGCAUGCAAACGUCCGAGUUUGAAUUUUCCUCCCAGGAGGCAACAAGCCAGAGCGUUCCUUUCUUUGGAUACACUGAUGUCCGUGACAAGGGUUUCUUGGCCCUGCCUUUGAAUGACCCUGCUACCAAAUUUGCUUUCUUGAAAAGAUUCUCCCAGCUGAGCGGUCAUUCCUUCCCAGACCCCGCCAUCCCCUCAAUCUCGACAGUCGAGCAAGUUGUGCGAUAUAUUCAGACUGUCUUAAACCCGAAGCCCAAGAAACUGAGUGACCAGCUCGCGGCUAGUCAACGCCUUCAGAAACUACCAAAUGUGAAGGUCUUCACAAAGAGGGUGAAACGAUCAGACAGAGACGAGGAGCUGGGUCGGAAGAAGGUGAUCGAGGCUGAGCUCCGUGCAAGAGGGCUCCUCGAAUAG